AUGAGCACCUCUGAGAGUGGCAAAGGUCCUAGACCCAUUAGGAGACUUGAGGACACUGUUGUGAACAGAAUUGCGGCUGGCGAGAUUAUUCACAGACCUGCCAACGCGUUAAAAGAAUUAAUAGAGAAUUCUUUGGAUGCUGGAGCAACUAAUAUUCAGAUUUUGAUUAAAGACGGGGGUUUAAAGCUUCUUCAGAUUCAAGAUAAUGGACACGGAAUCAGGAGGGAAGAUAUGGCCAUUGUAUGCGAGCGAUUUACUACGAGUAAACUUAAGAGCUUUGAAGAUCUGUCGCGCAUUAGCACUUUUGGCUUUCGAGGAGAGGCCUUGGCUAGUAUAAGUCAUGUGGCGCACGUCACCAUUACCACAAAAACAGCCGAUUCUAAUUGUGCAUAUAGAGCUUGUUAUUCUGAUGGUAAACUGAUUCCAUCAAAACCCGGAGCUAGUGCCGAACCGAAAGCGUGUGCUGGUAAUACUGGAACGCAAAUUACGCAAAGUUCAAAUCAAGUUGACGUGAAUACGCUGUCAACGGCAUCCAAAUUAGAAAACAUUCGACAAAUAUAUGGGAGCACGGCUUCAGAAUUAUUAGACUUGGAAAAACAUUUUCGCAAACUGGACCUUAAAGUUAACGGGUUUAUUUCCAAUGCGAAUUAUAACCUGAAGAAAAUGAGAAUUUCAAUUUCUACAGAUAGAGCUGUGGAAAGUGUAGCAUUGAAAAGGAAUAUCGAAGGUGUAUAUGAAACCUAUUUACCGAAAAAUUCUUAUCCAUUUGUAUAUUUAAGUUUGGAUAUAAAUCCACAAUGUGUUGACGUGAAUGUACAUCCUACAAAACGAGAGGUCCGUUUCUUAAAUGAAGAGGAAAUCGUUGCGGCCGUUGGGGAUGCGAUACAGGAACGUCUUGUGGGUGCUAAUUGUUCUCGAAUCUUUUUGACUCAGACUUUAUUACCUUGUUCAAAACAAUUGGAUGUGAGUGCAAACGAGGCAGAGAACUCGAUUAAGAAAUCAGGUAUAAUUAAAACUGAAGUUAUCGGUUCAGAACGAAAUCCACAUCAACAAGUUCACAUCAUAUUGUGUCAAUCGUUAGGCUCAAAGGUGUUGACCUAUAAAUAUGUUAGGACUGAUAGUCGCGCACAGACAUUGGAUCAAUUUUGUACACCUGAUAACAAUAUGCUUUGCAUACCUAAAAAGAAUAAAGGUUCCGACGUGGCAGCGUCUCCCGGCAGCGAAGAAUUAUUCUAUCAAUUGACUCUCCAGGAAUUCAGUAACUUUGCGUUCAUUCACUUAUCUACACCCGCACCAAUCAAGGAGCUUGUAAUAUUUGCCUUGGAGUCAAGCGUUCAACCAUCCGAGAAUUUAAAAUCCAAUCAAGAAAUUGCUCAGAUCAUUGUGGAUACGUUAAUCUCACGAAGGCAGAUGCUGCUGGAAUAUUUUUCGCUAACCAUUAGUGAACGGGGUGAAUUGGUUACCUUACCAUUGAUAUUAAAAGGUUAUGCACCAAAUCUGGACAAGCUUCCAACAUUUUUAUUACGUUUAGGUUCUGAGGUUGAUUGGGAAACAGAAUUGGGGUGUUUUGAGACGCUUUCUCGUGAAUUUGGCUUGUUCUAUGCACCCGAACCACCGCUACCAAGUGAUCCUCAAGAAAUUGCCGAACUUGGCGGUGUCAAUUCGAUGGAUGUUGAUCCUUUAGAGGAUCAAAUGGAAAGCCCAGAUGAUAAAAAUAUUGGUCAAACUACUGAACAAAGGCAGAUUACCGAGGUCUCCAAGUAUCGUUGGCAAAUCGAACACAUCAUUUUCCCGACAUUAAAAGGAAAUCAAUUUAUGGCUCCAGGUUAUAUUGCCGAAGAGGGUCAUGUCAUCCAAAUAGCUAAUUUGCCCGACUUGUAUCGCAUAUUUGAACGCUGUUAG